AUGUUAGCUAGACACGUCCCAACAGCAGGGAGCGAUGAGAGGCAACUGUAUUUGUAAGCUUAACUGCCUUUUGCAUUUACCCUGAAUCCACGUAGCCAAAGAUUCAAACAGUGAGGUCUCAAGGCAAAACAGUACUAAAGAAGCUGAAAAUUCUAGUAGUCGGUUCAUUGCCAAGACCAGCUUCUCCUGAGCUCAGACUGAGUAAGUUACCGGCACUGACUUAAUACCUCAACUCAUGGGGAGGACUCCCUCGAGACCAAGACAAGUGUCCCGCGCUGAAUACAGCUAUUUCGAGAAAGUCUGUCGGAAAAAAUGUACACGCGACAAUCCUGAAAGGUAGUAUGGAUAUGAUCAAUACACUGUUCCUAACAACUGUAGCUGUCGAAUCGAACCUGUCACUGUCACUGCACUCGCAAAUAUACCUCCUGGCCUUGACCUCCCGUGCCAUUCUUUCAAAUAUUCGGAGGAACGAUCCUCUCAAAACCAUCCACAAUACCUUCUGGAUUGUCAAGUGCACUCCCUUUUCCGAAAGUCUCUCUCGAAAUAACUGUAGAUUGGCCUAGGGUUUGUUGAAGGACCAGUAAUUAUUUAUCGCCUAGGGCGGCGGAGGAUUUUAGGGGGGGUCACUUGAUUUUUAUGAGAACAAAAGGGGGGAUCAGUCGUAACUGAGAACGGAAGGAUUCAGAGGGGAGACCAUUUAAAUUUGCUUGAAAAAUGAAGACAUGGGGGGGGGGGGGAAGGGAAUCACGAAAGUCAUCAAAAGUUAUUAGGGGGGAUCACUUCAGUGAAGUAACAUUCAAAUGGGGAUCGGCUAAAUUUCACCUUGUUCAGCCCGUAAAUCAUGAAAUCAAAUCUUGCCAAAACGUCAGAAAAAAUGACUUCUUUGUAAGACUAAAGACAAUUAUAAUGAUCCUAGUUUCGACAAAAAACAUAACCUACAGCACCAGGAAAAGUUAUAAAUGCAUUGACUGAAGUAGCUAUGGCAACAGCUCAGCUACUUGUGUUUAGUAUACGGCUGACCGACUGACCUCUUUUGGGAAUAAUUUUAACCACAAAUGGCACUUGUGGUCUUGGCAAUGAAUUCCCAAACGAAUGAAUUCACAGAAAGGUUUUUCUCUGAUCUCUUGCGCUCUUGCUCAGAGUGAGAUUCGGUGGAUACAGUUUUUUGAUAAGUUUCGUUGCGUGCCUCGUAACCUGCGAUUAGGUGUUUUCUUUUCUUUUUUCAAAACAAAAGGGAAGAAGGAUACCCUAAGAGCAGUGGUUUCUCCAGGCCGGACGCUACGUCCGUCUUGGAGAAACCACUGCUCGCAGGGUAGAAGAAGGAUAGCCUGAUCGCAGGAUACGUGCCUCCUGUCUUCAAUUGCCUAUAUGCUUAACGUGGGUACGGUUUUGUUCUGCGGGCAGCGCAAUCAUCGUUUUCGCUCCGAGCUUUCCUGUGCUCCCAAGCUGGUCUCGCCCGUCAUUUGCGGGCAGGCCUCGUACUGAGUUCCCCGUCACCCCUCUUGCAGCUCACCCUGCCUGUAAUUUCAGCCCUGAAGUCCUUUCUUGAUUUUAUCUUCUCGCGUUAAGAGAAAAGUCCACUUUGUUAUAAUAGAUCUUUCAAAAGUGCGACGUUCAGUUCUGAAAACACAUUUAUUCAUUCCUACAGGCAUUGCCCAGACUCGCUUUCAAACCAUGCAGCUCCCUUAGUAGCAAGAAAACGUUUUGAGUCACUAAUCUCGAUGAGUCCCUUCUUGUUGUUGCGCAUGUGCAUUAUGUUAAAGGAUGGUUGCCCUGCAUUACUUUCGGUCGUGCUUCCAGUUUUAUAGGCGUACAUUUCCUUUUAUAAUGUUUCUUUACCCAGAACAAAAACCUCCCCUGCAAGUGUUUCACAUAUCAUAAUAAGAGAGAGUGUAGUGGAAUGUUAUAAACCAAUCCAUUUUUAAUUUGUGGCACAUUAUCGCUAAUCCGAGAUAAGAAGGAGUUGAACAAUUUGUUUAUUUAACUUAUUUCUUUGUGAAAGAUGUAAAAAGUUUUUUUUUCCUUUGGGCUUAUUAGGCCUAUAGGGCCGGACAAAUCAUGAAAUUGUUAGCCUACAUUCCAUGGUGACAAGCAACAGUAACAAUGAAGCAUAACUAAAAAGCUUUGGCAUCUGAAAUAAAAGAAGUGACAUUAGUUUCGGCAGAUCUACCAAGUUUAUCUAGAUCAGUAAAAUCUGAGGAUUAAAAUGAAAAAUCUGGCAAAUAACAACAAUCUGCCGGUCGGGGUAGACACUAUAUGAUGGGUUAUUUAUUGCAUAGAUUACUAUCCCUAUAUCAGUGAGAUGACAUGACAUAAAUAUGACCUCAAUUGCGUAAUAUGUGGGUAACAGUUCGAUGCCAACCAGUCUAAAAAUUUAUCACUAGUUCUAUCAGUUUCCCAAGAUUGGUAAUGCAUUGUUUCUUAAUAAAAUUCAAGAAGUGCUUGAAAGUUUUGUUUACUUUUUAUUAGUUGAGUACUAAAACGAUGCUGGACAUAAAAGACACAUAAAACAUCUAUGACUCUUGUAUCUUAAGAUCAAGUAACGACAGAAUCCUUCAAAUAAUAAAAAAAUCUUGUGUAUUUGACACUUGAUUGGAGCUUACUCAGUAAAGCAUGUCUUAAAAUCAGCCUUUUAUGAUCUGAGGGGAAGAGAGCUGGAAGAGGCAAAAUUUUCAAACACCUCUGGCUAAGAUCAUAACAUAAAGCAUGAAUGGAAGCUAGCAUUAAAGACAAUUUUAAGAUAACUGAGCGAAUCCUCGCGCGCUGAUUGGUCGAGAGCUAGGUCUAUGAGAUUUUAGACCAUGGAAUGACGUAACAUGUCACGCAGUGCCGGUUGUUUUGAUUUUUCGAAAAAUAAAUGUUAUUGUAAAAAAAAAAUUCGACCACAAUUUUCCAUGGUGUACACUCUUAUAGACCAUAGAAAUGACGUCAUAAAAUGUUCAAAACUUUGCAGUAAAACCACUCGCCUGCUGCUGGUGGUUCCACUUGAGUUUUAAACAUUUUAUGACGUCAUUUGUAGACCAUGGAAAAUUGUGGUCGAUUUGUUAAUUUCCUGUGUAUCAUUUUCCUGUGUAUCAUUUCCACAGUAUACAAGUGUUCACGUACCAGACCGAUGAGUAUUCAUAAACAGUGUGGUCACGUAACAGCAUGUUCCAUAGCAACGUCAAAACUUAAUUGUUUAUUUUACAACCCGAUAUAAAUGCAUAGUGGCCAAUUCCAAUUCAAUGCUUUGUCAAUGACAUGAAGUAUCAACUUUGAAGGUUUAAUAAGACAAAUAGUUUAACGUACACAUCUGAGAACUCCAUGGAGGUUUUGAAUGUUGUCUUCUUUGCACUGUCCUUUUGGUCGGUCGUCAUCUGCAGCGUGUGUUCAGGUACGUUUCUGUUUCUCUUUACUUAUUUGCAUCACAGAAUGGAACAUUGCAGCCAUUGCAUUGUCUCAAUACAGAGAAAAUUAGUUCAGUGCAACCUUGUAGAUGCUAUCUUCAGACGGGAGAAGUGGAUUUUCAUUCUAUGCAUUUCUUGAGGGGCCUCAAGAGUAGAACUUCUUUAUAAUUAACACAUUUUAAGUGGAUUCUAAGACCAUAAGGCCCAUGCAUAUGACAUCUACUAUAGGUUCUAGAUACAGCUGUUUCGAGAAAGGUUGUCGGGAAAACUGCACGCGACAGUCCUGAAAGGCAUUGUGGGUGGUUUUGAGUUCUCUUUUUUUCAAAGAAUUGAAAGAAUUGGUACGAAAGGCCAUGGGAAUGUGUUUGCGAGUGCUAAAGGAAAGCAACAGAAGUAGGUUCGACAGCUACAGUCGUCAGGAACAGUGUAUUGAUCAUAUCCCAUAUUACCUUUAGUCGGGAUUGUCGCGUGCACAUUUUUUCCCACAACCUUUCUCGAAAUAGCUGUAUCCAGUAGAGCAUCAUAAAAUAGUAAGUGGAAGGAAAGAAUAUCAUGCCUAACAACUGUCUCUGUUCCAAUUGACCACUCCAUAAAAUACCAUAACAUACCAUAAUGCUCUUUGUUUGUCACCCCAAAAUUUUGCAUAAGCUUUGUCUUCAGUUUCUCUUGGGAGUUAAAAUGGUCCCAAGAGAAACUGAAAACAAUGCUUACGGAAAAUUUUGGGGUGACAAACAAAGAGCAUUAUGUUACGUUAUGGUAUUUUCUGGAGUGGUCAAUUCAUGAAGCGUGCAAUAACAGUAAGACGUAUCCCUGUGCCAAUUUACGCGUGUAAUACUUAAUAAUGCUAACACAAAAGGGACAUGAUUAAACAAUAUUUUCUAUAACUGGUUUAAAAAUACAAUCCUUAAAAAAGUCUACCCGUCAUGAGAAUCCUCUCUCUUUCAAUUCAAGAAAAAACUCUGAGUUAAGAACUUUACGAGCACCUUAGGGCAGCGCAACUUGAAUGCAUUUAUGCCGGCCUUUGAAUUUAUUUUUGUUCUGUUUUUUUUUUGUCUUUUGUUUAGAAAAGAAUUUCUUUCCCUUUUAAUUUUUCUUUAUCUUUUUUAAAAUCUAACCCUUAGAAAUUUGGACGACACAUUGUGGUCACAUACAUCAAAUUUUGCCAUAAAAUCCCCUUUAUUUAUUACUUUGUAUAGAGGGUAAAAUUUAUGGUCUUUCAAGUGUCUUUAGAACGUAAUUAUAAAGACAUUUUGGAGCAGCCUGCUGAUGACAGGGCAUUAUGUUUUUGUAAUAGAUAAAGUUACAAACCAGGUUUUUGUUUUUUUGUAUAAUGUCUUGUUAUUUUAGCUGAUUAGAUGAAUUUGCUUUGUGUUUGUUAAAUAAUUGGAUUAGAAAGUUUAAAAGUACAGUAAAGACUCUCAAACAGAAAUGACAUUCUCUUAACAAACCAUAUCGUUUUUUAAUUAAUUCAUCAUUGUUCUAGUUUGAAUUGCUACAGCAAUGUUACUGUGAGCCAGCAAUCUUGGACAAAAUAAAAUGGAACAACAAACACCCCCUUCCUCUCGAAACAAGGAUGGAGCCGCGCGAAGGUCAAAACGCGCCAUUUUCCCAUCCUUCUUCUGUUUCCGGAGUGAGGGGUGGUGGGGGGGGGCAAGAUUAUAGCAUUUAUUUUUUCCCAUUAAGUGAUCCCGUGACUUAUCUCAUAGGAUCUCGCUUGUCGACUGGUUGGGGAACAGAUAUCGCCAUUAGAUCACAAUUUUUAAUUAAUUAAAAUUCUGGGUAUUUUUUCAGUGAACUCGAUGUAUUAUUUACAAUUACAAUUUGUUUUUAUUUCAUUUAGCGGCUUCCUGUAAAGAUAACGAUGUGAAUUGCCAUCGGUACAUAAAUUUCUGUGCAAGUUACCCUAAUAUAAGAAAGCAGUGUCCAUUAACGUGUAAACAAUGUCGUAAGUAUCAUCCUUUUUUUUCUGUAAACAGGCUAAUCUAAUUGUAGAUGAAAAGAACUUGUUCCUCGCAGCUAGUGAAGCUCACUAAAAUCAACAACCUAAGCUGUUGAAACGGAACCUGAAAAGAAAACACGCUCGAGAGGUUUGAAAAACCGUCAAUAUAAACUAGUUGGCCUACGUACAGCCACCUCCUCCUCUAAAACGUAACACACAAGAAAUAAUACAAAAUAUCACAGAAAAAGAGGUGGCCGCGGUCAACUUGGCCGACCCCUCAAUUCGCCCAUGAGUUCAGGCCAUAGUGUAGUGUGCUGGGGAUAUCAUCUUUGUUCUAAAUCUAAGCAUUUGCAAGACAAAGCCUACUGCUUUAGGUGCUAAAAGGGACUUUGCCCAUCGAGGAGAAAAAACUACAUUCGAGCACUACAAAUGCAAGUAAUCGGCGCAUCAGAUCACGUGUAACUUGCACUAGUAAGCACGCCGUUAACGUGCUAUUAAUAAAGUGAACGGACUAAUCAUAGUCCGAAUAGUAAAGUGACGUAUUAUACUCUAUUUCUUUACAGAAAUUCCGCCACCAACACCGACGUCUCCAUCACUAUUUCCUUCGUUAUCAUCAUCAUCAUCAUCACCAUCAUCAUCAUCCUCAGUACUAUCUACGGGUUCAUCGUACAGUUUUGCCCCCACGCGAACUACCACGUUCUUAAAUCCAAGUACUCCUGACAUCAACGGGAGAUGGAAUAAUAAUCGCACAAAAACAGGUUCCACUACAUCUACAACAAACGCUACAGAAGCAAGUACGCUGAUGUCGAUGCUAUUAUGGUGUAGUUAUUUCUUAUCUCGUUGGUGAUAAAGAAGCAAAGAUAUUGUAAUUUACUUAAAAUUAGGCCAAGGGCAAGAGGGAAUCAGGAUGAGGAUUUUCAUGAAAAAGCAGCUGGAAUAGCCAUGUGAGCAAGUUCUCUUGGCGAUGUUCGACUCGGUUCGAGUGUGAGCUAUCUCGCAGAAUAUGUGCAAAACCUGGCACUUAGUAUUAUAUGAUGUUCUUAGUAUUGGGAUCACCUUAUCUUCAAAAUACAUGUACAGAUAUGAAUGUAAAUAAACGUUCAAGCGAAAUGUUAUUAAUUAAUUUAAAAAAUAAUUAAUUAAUUUCAAAAUUCUGGGUAUUGUUAGUGAGAAUUCGAUGCAUUAUUUAACAAUUAACAAAUUGGUUUUUAUUUCAUUUAGCGGCUUCCUGCAAAGAUAACGAUAUGAAUUGCCAUCGGUACAUACAUUUCUGUGCAAGUUACCCUAAUAUAAGAAAGCAGUGUCCAUUAACGUGUAAACAAUGUCGUAAGUAUCAUCCUUUUUUUUCUGUAAACAGGCUAACCUAA